GCACCUCCUGCCCUUGCCUCGGGGUGCGCGGCUGGCGAGGGCGCGGCUUGGGAGCGAGACAAGCGCCGUCGCGUAGCUGGCCAGGCCCAGAUCGGCGAUGAUGGUAUCGAGGAUGCAGACACCGAUGACGGCCCAGGGUUGCUGAACGAGGUGCCACGUGCUGCAGCUGCAGGGCUUGCUACACAUUCGGCGGCUGGCGCCGCAGGGGAUGCGAUGAGUCCUCCUGCGCCGCCGCCGCCCCCACCGUCAGACCCGUCCCAGCUGAACCUGGCCCAGUACAUCAUCGGCUCGCUGACUGCCUCCAUGGGCACCAGGAUCGAGACGAUAGAGUGCGGCGUGGCGACGCUCAAGCGCACGACGGAGACAAACGCGAGAGACAUCGCCGCGGUGCAGGCACGGUUGUGGGCGCAAGAGGCUAGGUUGGAGGCGCUCGAGACAGGCACAUGGGACAAGGAUGAGGUCGAGAGGCAUCUGCGCACCGAGCUGGCGAAGUCGGAGACCUUGGAGCGCCAAGGCAUUACGGAGGUGUACGGACUGGGCAGGUUCUGCGAUCAAGCCAAGAUGUUUUUUUUUCUGGGCAACCAGAAGAUGCGGGGUUCCUCGCAGCGCUGGAACGGUCACAAGACCCCCUGCCCUGGCGCACGGAAUAAUAAGCUGUGGCACAAGGUGGACCAAGAGCCGCACGCGGUGGAGUUGUCUCGUAAUGCGAGCUUCGCGGUCCGCAUCCUGCGCGGGUAUGGUACGGAACACGGGCUGUGCACGGAGGAGACCGAGAUGCGCUUAUCCGACGCAGAUUGGGACAAAGGCCAG